AUGUCACAGCGUAUCAAGGGAGAAUCAAGAGAAAAGACACAGACACAUAUUGCAUCAAAUUCACCUGACACGUGUAACAGGUUUUAUCCAGAAGACUGUCAGGACCUCUUGCUGAAAGGAUACAGGGAAAGUGAGGUGUACACCAUUUUCCCAAAGACAGGAUUGGUAUACGAGGUUUAUUGUGAUCAGGAGACAGACGGGGGUGGAUGGAUGGUUAUACAGAGAAGGCAAGAUGGAUCAGAGGAUUUCUUCAGAGCCUGGAAUGAGUACAAAAACGGGUUUGGAAGUCUGGGAAAUGAAUUCUGGCUAGGUAACGAUAAAAUCCAUACAAUUCCAUCAUCGGGAAACUACAAGCUAAGAAUCGAUAUGAAGGAUUUCUCCGGAAAUUCCAGAUAUGCAACCUACAAUACCUUCAGUAUCGGAGAUGAGCGAUCUGGGUAUAUUUUAAACCUUGUAGAUUAUAAUGGAGACGCUGGAGAUUCAUUGAUGACUAGACAUAAAGGAUCAAAAUUUGCCACAAAGGGUCGUGAUGAUGCACACGGUUGUGCAAAGCAAUAUAAAGGUGGUUGGUGGUAUCAAAAUUGCCAUCGAGCUAACUUGAAUGGUCUGUACUUAAGAGGAGAGCAUAAAUCCUAUGCUGACGGCGUGGAAUGGUAUUACUGGAGAGGAUAUCACUAUUCCCUGAAGUUUACUGAGAUGAAAAUCCGGAAAACAAAUGCCUAGAGUGUAGACUCAGAAAUAGAGACGGGCAAUAUAAGAAAUUGUCGGAAAUUCGGUAAAGAAAAUUUAACAAUGAUGGUGAGCUUUAUGCCUAUUUUGUGAAAAAAAAUAGACACACAA